ACAGACGUACAGCAGCUGCCUGUAUGCUCUAUCUGCCAUUUAUACUGUAUAUAAUAACAUAAGCUCCCCUCCCGGCUGGCAGCGCCCAGCAAUGGAGGGCGGGGAGUCCCCGGGACACCCCUCCGCAGACAGGCACGCCUCUUACAGAGGUUAUUCUUUAAAAAAAACAUGGGAUCUCGAUUAAGUCAACAGGCACGCGGCGUGUCCGAGGUGACAGAGGCACAGGACACAGGAGGGGGCAGGAGCGGCUCAGGUAAAGAUAGGAAGGAGGGAGAACUGCACUCCAUGCACAAAUCAUGCUAGAAGGAGUGUGAGUGUGCCCUCAACAGCCGGCGUCAUAUAAGACCAGCUGCAAGUUUUAUUGUUGUACCAGAUCUCACAUGGAAGAAGUGCAAUAGUCUGCAACGUGCUCAUAUAUAAGUGACUGCAACUUAUACUGCUCCUUGGUCCUGGUGCAUGUAGUAGUGAGCCUCCUGCUCUGGCCCAUUGCCUGCCUGUGUGUGUGAUAAUAUAGUGUAAUUAGUGCAGAGAUGACAGAAGACAAGACGCAGAGUAAGGAAGAGCUGCCCACCAAUGUCCCGGCAGCAGAAGAAGAGGAGCCGGCGGGGGACGACAGUGCUGCAACUGCGGCAGAGGAGAGCGCACCCCUCACCACUGAGGAGAAGCAAGAGAAUGGGGGGGAGUGGAACUCCGUGCCGGGAGAUGAGGAGAAGAAGAUCGCUGCUGCUGGAGGAGCAGGGGACCCGGAGACCAGCACAGAGUUUGUACACCCGGAAGGUGGCUGGGGAUGGAUGGUCAUGCUCUCCGCCAUGUGGUGCAAUGGGUCCGUCUUUGGCAUCCAGAACGCAUGCGGGGUCAUCUUCGUGGUCCUGAUCCAGGAGUUUGGGUCCAAGGAUGAUCCUCAGCUCAUGUUUAAAACAGCAUGGGUAAGCUCCUUGUCCAUGGGAAUGAUCUUUUUCUGCUCCCCUGUGGUCAGCGUAUUUACAGACAUAUUUGGGUGUCGGAAGACGGCAGUUGUUGGUGCUGGGGUUGGUAUAAUUGGCCUUCUUUCCAGUUCUUUUGUGAAGAGCUUGGAGCCUCUCUAUUUUACCUAUGGCAUUUUAUUUGCCUGUGGCUGCUCGUUUGCUUACCAGCCAUCCUUGGUCAUCUUGGGACACUAUUUCAAGAAACGUCUGGGACUAGUGAAUGGGAUUGUGACAGCAGGCAGCAGCCUGUUUACUGUGGUGCUGCCUUUUGUCCUCAGCUAUUUGCUUGACGGGAUAGGACUUUACCACACCCUACGUGUCUUGUGCAUCCUUAUGUUUAUUCUCUUUUUGGCUGGUUUCACCUACAAGCCACUCAUACCUAGACCCAGUAACAGGCGGAAACAGAUCUUCAAUUUCUCCAUCUUCAAAUCAAAGAGCUACUGUAUAUGGGCAUUUGGAAUCCCAGCUGCACUUUUCGGAUACUUUGUACCUUACGUUCACUUGAUGAAUCAUGUUAAGGAGCGCCUUGGAGGUGAUGUAAAGCAAGAGGUUCUCUUACUGUGCCUUGGUAUUACAUCUGGACUUGGAAGGUUAAUUUUUGGGAGAGUUGCAGAUUACAUUCCAGGUGUGAAGAAGGUGUACUUGCAGGUAGUGUCUUUUUUUUUCAUUGGACUGAUGUCAAUGAUGAUCCCGUUAUGCCACAACUUUGGGGGUCUAAUUGCUGUCUGCCUUUUCAUGGGCUUAUUUGAUGGCUGCUUCAUAUGCAUCAUGGCUCCCAUUGCUUUUGAGCUUGUUGGACCAGAGAAUGUAUCUCAGGCCAUUGGAUUUCUGCUUGGAUUUAUGUCCAUUCCAAUGACUGUUGGUCCUCCUGUUGCAGGUUUAUUACGUGACAGUCUUGGCUCUUACGAUGUUGCAUUUUAUCUGGCGGGUAUCCCCCCUAUCAUUGGUGGAAUUAUCCUCUGUCUCAUCCCAUGGGUACAUGGAAGGACUUUACAGGAAAAAACAAAAGUUCCGAACGGAGACCCUGAAAAGAUGAUGCUGGAUAACACUACAUUAAAGCCAGGCUCAGCCGAGGAUGCUAGAAAAGAAGAUGUAUCUGUCAUAUAAUUCACAUUGUUUUACAGAAACAGAUUUUCAUAUAUUCUUUUUAUCUUUUGUAUGACAAUUACCAAAUAGUUGAGACUGGUGCUACAAUCCCAAAGCUGUAUGUUCAUGCUAAGCUGUUUUGCUUGCACUUCCCAGUGAGCCUGCCAUGUCAAGAUCCCUUCAUUUCCGCUCAGUGAAACUCAAAGCACACGUGUGUACAUGCUGCAGGGACUAACGAGCAGGGAAAUGACUGCCAAGGAGAAGUAUUAUAUACUUAUUAACAGGAAAGCUUUGACCUCUUGUAGCUUUAUAUCAGUUCAACUUUUAUUAUUGUAACAACUGUCUUCUUAUUCAGUUUCCAUGGCUGAACAUGAUUAUGCAGUGUUUUCAGACUUUAGUGUACAAAAAUGUUAUCAGAGCCUACAAUGUACAGUAGAUUUACUGGGAAAAAACUUAUAUACUUAUGAUAUUUGAUUUCCGAUGAUGUUGGAUAUCCCCAAUCAUUUCCAGUAAUAUUGUAGCUGACCAGAAAAUAUGCGGCAAAUCCAGUUACUGGCUUGCCCCCUAUAUGCCCUUGCAGAGGGGCUUUGUGGGCAGCAACAUCACCAGCUUUGCCUCGUAGCCCUCAGAGGUACACAGGAAAGCUAGCAAUGUCCUUCCUCCCGAUGUUUAGCGGCACAUCACUCAUAAUGGAUCAGCCCCUAUGUGACUAUUGUAUUAUACAUGUCCAGUUGUGCUAUGAAUGUCUGAGCCUUUAGGCCAUGGGUCUUCAACCUGCAGCCCUCCAGUUGCUGUUGAACUACACGUCCCAGCAUACCCUGCCUUAGUUUUAGCAUGCCUUAAUAUAAAAAAUGUUGAAGGGCAUGCUGGAAUGUGUAGUUCCUCAGUAGCUGGAGGGCUGCUGGUUGAAGACCCAUGCUUUAGACAAACACUUGCAAUGUAAAAUAUAAUAUUUUGGUAUCAAAGCAAGGAGGUUUCCCUGCUACAUUUGAAUGGUAUUCUCAGUGGUGUCAACUGCGGCACUUAUUACUGAACAAUAGGGGUAAUUCAGACCUGUUUGCUCGCUAGCAUUUUUUGCAGUGCUGUGAUCAGGUCAGAACUGCACUUGCGUAUGCACCACAAUGCGCAGACGCGUCGCAUGGGUACAAAGCAGAUCGUUGCUGUUUGAUGGGUUUUACGAAGAAUCCAUUCGCACAGCCCAUCGCAAGGAGAAGGACAGGAAGAAGGUGUUUGUGGGUGGCAACUGAUCGUUUUCAGGGAGUGGGUGGAAAAACGCAGGCGUGUCUAAGCGUUUGCAGGACGGGUGUCUGACGUCAAUUCCGGUCCCGGACAGGCUGACGUGAUCGCAGCGGCUGAGUAAGUCCUGGACUACUCAGAAACUGCACAAGAUCUUUUUGUACCGCUCGGCUGCACAUGCGAUCGCACACUUGCACAGCUAAAAUACACUCCCCGGUGGGCAGCGACUAUGCGAACGCAGAACUGCAAAAAAACACUAGCGAGCGAUCAGGUCUGAAUUACCCCCAAUGUCCGGGUUCUGUUUAUAUACUAUAAACGUUAUAGAUCAUAGCAUACCUCCCAACUGUGCUGAUUUUGGCGGAACAGUCACAUUUUUUGGGGACUGUCCCGCUGUCCCACCCCUUAAGUUGCAUUGUUCCGCGGUGGGGGGGCAGUUGGAAGACCCUCCCUAACUCGCUGCUCUGCUUAGCAAGGCAGCGGUGAAUAGACGCUGUAAGCAUGCGCACAGCGUGUAUUCACCAGGAGAGAGAGACAGGGGGCCCUCACAGCGGCAAAAAUUGGGGUCGUGGCUUUGCGGGAAGUACCAUAAUCGCGGGCCCUGCCCCCUAAAAGCAUGUGCUUUUGUCCCUCCUCCCAGCCGGCAAAUGUUGGGAGGUAUGAUCAUACCCUAAACCACUAUCAGCACUUACUAUGCAAUGCUCUGCAUAAUCAGUCUAACUCAGAAAAAAAUAUAAGAUGAAUGUAAGCUAUUCAUUAUGCAAAUUAUUUUAAUACAUCAUCUAUUCAAUGUGCACUAAGCCAAAAAUGUAAAUAAAAAUUGCCUUAUAUAAAGAGUUACUAGCAACAUUCAGGGCCUGCUUCUGAGUUACACGUAAAAGUGCAUGCAGCAGCCUCUAUUGGCAGACACCCGUCUGCUGGUUUAUGGAAAUAACAUACAAACUUCUUCCAUUGUGUACAUACAUGCAGCUGAUGUUCAAUGACUGAGACGCCCACUUUUAGAGUCUAUGCACGCUGUAAUAAUGAUCGGUGUGUUUCUCCAUCUGACCAUGGCCUCCUAUACCUGCAUCUGUGCGUCUGGAAACGCAGCUGUUUGCAUUGACACGCCUGAGACAUUCCCAUAAUACGCCCACUGAACGGACCAUUUUUGAGUGCACAACUUUUCACCUCCCAGUCACCACCCAGUAACACCCAUCACUAUUCUGCCACACUUCUUAUACCAUCUGACCUGAUUACAACAGCACCUUUGUGCGUUCACUUGGAGCAACACAUGCGCACACAGGCGCCUCCUGCACCAUUUGCAUUUCAUGUGUGCAGUAUUGCACAGCCGCUUCCUUGUAAAGCACAAAUCUGAAUCAGGCCCUAAGUCAGGAGUUUGCUUUCUAUUAGUAGACAGCAGUUGCUCAUUGCGAUAUCAUCAUGUCGCCAGUGCCUUAAUAAAAUAACAUGUAGAAUUCCUGGUACAAGCAGGUGGCCAAAUUGAACAAUAGCUGGAGUACAGGCUUCAAACUCCCAGAUCUUGUCUGGCUUCACAGGUGCCAAUUAAUGUGAUUGGAAUAUACCCGUACAUACAGCUCAUUAGCGUUUGUGUUUCUGUAGAAAGUGCUUGGAACCUGCCAUAAAAGAAAGAAGACUGCAACACAUGGUAUAAGCCUAUACAAAGACUAGUAGUAUAUUUGUUUUGCAGUUUUUCAGAAAAAUAAUAAUAGCAAUGAACCAAAUGCAAACAAUGGGAAGGAGUCACAACAGCUCAAGAGCCAAAGAAUGAAGUCUUGUUCUUUAUUGGAAUAGCAAUUACAAAAGUACAAAGCAAUGUAACCCAACAACAUUGUUUCACACCCAAUGGCGAAGUCUGUUUGUGGCAGCCAGUCCAGUUUGACCCUUUGGAUAUUUUUACAUUGUUUGUACAGUGCUUCUUGAACUCUGUAAGCAGGGUGUGCUUCUUGAACUGUGUGAAUAUACACACAUACACACACACACACACACACACACACACACACACACAUACGCAGAGGUGAAUACAUUUAUUGGCACACUUACAGCUCAAUAAAAUAAUUCUUCAUUCCUCUUAAAAAGUUAAAUUAAAGGCUACUGUCUCAUGUAUAUCUACAUGCCUUUGCUAUGUCAUAAAAUAAAGCAAAGAACCUGUGAAAACAGGUAAAUUAUUGCUUAUUUUCCAUAAUUUAAAAUAGCCUGGACAGAUUUGUUGGUACCCCUUAGAAAACAUAAUAAAUAAUUGGAUUAUUCUGAUAUUUUAAAGUAAUUGUUUUUUAAAUUAGCAUCACACAUGUCCUCAAUAAUCUAACCAGUCAUUCAGCCUAUUUAAAUAGAGAAAUGUAGUCACUCUGCUGUUUGGUCUCACUGUGUGCCCCACACUGAACAUGGACCAGAGAAAACAAAGGAGAGAGUUGUCUGAGGAGAUCAGAAGGAAAAUUAUAGACAACUGUGUUAAAGGUAAAUGCUAUACGACCAUGUCCAUGCAGCUUGAUGUUCCUGUAUCUACAGUUGCAAAUGUUUUUAAGAAAUUUAAAGUCAUGCAACUGUAGCCAACCUCCCUGGAUGCAGACACAAGAGAAAAAUUAACCCUUAUUGAACAAUAGGAUAGUGAGAAUGGUUAAAAAAAAAAAAAAAGAGCCAAGGUAAACUUCCAAACAAUUACAAUUUGAACCACCGAGGUCAAGGUAUGUCAUUGUCUGAUCGCACCAUCCAGUGGUUUUUGAGAGACGGUGUGCUUUGUAGAAGAAGACUCAGGAGGACUCCACUUUUGAAAAAAUAACAUAAAAAACCCAGACUGUAAUUUUCUAAAAUGCAUAUUGACAUUAUGCGUCUGGGAGAAUGUUCUAUGAACAUGAGUCUAAACUGGAGAUUUCUGGCAAGUCACAUCAGCUCUUUGGCCCUCAUUCCGAGUUGUUCGCUCGUUCUUUUUCAUCGCAUCGCAGUGAAAAUCCGCUUAGUACGCAUGCGCAAAGUUCGCACUGCGACUGCGCCAAGUAACUUUACUAUGAAGAAAGUAUUUUUACUCACAGCUUUUUCUUCGCUCCGGCGAUCGUAAUGUGAUUGACAGGAAAUGGGUGUUACUGGGCGGAAACACAGCGUUUCAGGGGCGUGUGGCUGAAAACGCUACCGUUUCCGGAAAAAACGCAGGAGUGGCCGGAGAAACGGUGGGAGUGCCUGGGCGAACGCUGGGUGUGUUUGUGACGUCAACCAGGAACGACAAGCACUGAACUGAUCGCACAGGCAGAGUAAGUCUGGAGCUACUCUGAAACUGCUAAGUAGUUAGUAAUCGCAAUAUUGCGAAUACAUCGGUCGCAAUUUUAAGAAGCUAAGAUUCACUCCCAGUAGGCGGCGGCUUAGCGUGAGCAACUCUGCUAAAUUCGCCUUGCGACCGACCAACUCGGAAUGAGGGCCAUUGUUCACAGAUGAAAAAAAUAAGUUGGUAAAUAAAAGACCACACCUACUGUAAAACAUGGAGGAGGCUUAGUUAUGUUUUAGGAUGCUUUUCUGCGUGCAGCCUUGAAUCUGUGCAGGGCACAAUGAAAUAGCAAGACUGUUUAGGCAUUUUGAAGUGAGACAUACUGCCCAGUGUCAAUGACCCAAAACACACAGCUAAAAGCACCCAAGAAUGGAUAAGAACAGAAGAUUGGACUAUUCUGCAGUGGCCUUCUAUGAGCCCUGAUCUGAAUCCUAUCGAACAUUUAUGGAAAAAGCUGAAGCAUGCAUUCUGGAGAAGGCAUCCAUUACACCUGACACAGCUGAAGCAGUUUGCUAAGAAAAAGUGGUCCAAACUACCUGUUGAUAGAUACAGAAGUCUCAUUGAGAGCUAUAGAAAUUGCAUGAUUGCAGUGAUUGCCUCUAAAGAUUGUGUAACAAAAGAUUAGGUCUCAGAAUUUUUGUUAAUUCUGUUUUAUUUUGUGUUAUUAUUUAAAAUAAUCUGCUGAAUCAAAAAAAUGCUGGAUGUCAAUUCCUAUUUGCACUUAUUUUAGUGAAAUGUGGAUUCUUUUUUCAUGGAAGGGUACCAACAAAUGCGUCCACGUCUAUAUUUUACGUGUGUGUGUGUGUGUGUGUGUGUGUGUGUGUGUGUGUGUGUGUGUGUGUGUGUGUGUGUGUGUGUGU